AAAUAAAAUCAAAGUCGAAUUAUUUUUAGUCCUUUGGGAGUGACGAAGCCUAAGGACCUUAAGAUCUUUGGUGGUUUCCAGGGAUGGGUUCGUUUUGCGUAGACUUGAUACUCAUAUUGACAUUACUAUCGACGAGCUUUCCGUACAAUUCAUGGGCUGCAGAUACAGAAACUGAUUUGGGAUCUGAAACGGGGUCACUAACUCGGGAGCUUCUGGAAUCGGCGAGGCAACCGGAGUUCUUGGAUUGGUUGAGAAGGGUGAGAAGGAGAAUCCAUGAGUACCCAGAAUUGUCAUUUCAAGAGCACCAAACCAGUCAACUCGUCCGAAAUGAGCUGGACUCGCUUGGCGUCAAGUUCAUGUGGCCUGUGGCUAAAACCGGUGUGGUGGGAACCAUAGGGUCAGGUGCUCAACCUUGGUUUGGUCUGAGAGCUGACAUGGAUGCUCUCCCCCUUCAGGAGUUGGUAGAUUGGGAGUACAAAAGCAAGAUUGAUGGCAAAAUGCAUGCCUGUGGCCAUGAUGCUCAUGUCACCAUGCUGCUUGGAGCAGCUAGAUUGAUUCAGAACAGAAGGGACAAGUUGAAGGGCACAGUUAAGCUUGUCUUCCAACCUGCAGAAGAAGGAUAUGCUGGUGCCUCCUAUAUGUUAGAAGAAGGCGCAUUAGAUGGGUUUAAAGGAAUAUUUGGCUUGCAUGUCUGGCCAUUUAUGCCCGUAGGCACUAUUGGUUCGAGACCUGGUCCUAUUAUGGCUGGAUCAAGCAGGUUUACUGCAGUAGUGCAAGGGAAAGGCGGCCAUGCAGCAACACCACAUAAAACUAAGGAUCCAAUGUUGGCUGCUUCUAUGGCAGUUCUUGCACUCCAACAACUUAUUUCUCGAGAAACUGAUCCUCUAGAGCCUAGGGUUGUCUCUGUUACAUUUGUAGAUGGUGGUCAAGCUGGAAAUGUAAUCCCUGCAAGUGUAAGGUUUGGUGGAACCUUCCGGUUCAUGACAUUAGAAGGAUAUUCCUAUCUUAAGCAGAGGAUCAAAGAGAUCAUUGAGACUCAGGCAGGAGUACAUCAAUGCUCUGCCACCAUUGAUUUCAUGGAGGAAAUGAGGCCAUAUCUUCCAACUAUAAAUGAUCCUACUAUCUAUGAUCAUGGUAAAAGAGUUGGAGAAAUCUUGCUUGGCGAGAAUAACGUGCAGCAUUCCCCGGCUUUAAUGGCUGCAGAGGACUUUGGGUUCUAUUCCCAGAAGAUGGCAACUGCAUUUUUCUUCAUUGGGACACAAAAUAAAACAGACGUGUCUGCUAUUAAAGGUUUGCACUCCCCAUACUUCACCAUUGAUGAAGAAGUUCUUCCAAUAGGAGCAGCCCUCCAUGCUGCUGUUGCCAUAUCUUACUUGGAUACACAUUCUGAGUCAGAGUGAAACAAUAGACAUUGGUUGUUGUUACUGUUUGGCAAUCGAACAAUCAUCUUGCUUGUUAACAAAAAUGUUGAGAUUUGGCUUCUUUAUUAGCAGAAACAUCAAUAUGCUUGAUUUUUUUUCCCGCCAGAUUAUGUUUGGAUAAUUCACGGAUGUGAGUUAGUUUUAGAUAGUAUGAUUGAACUGCUAGCAACUGAGUCUGUCAUGUUUCUCGACUUUUUCCUCUACUUUUUAGGGUCUCCAGGUGUAUUUUUGUUUUUAUCGCUUC